CAUCACCACUACAACAAUAACAACAACAGCGAUGGGCAGACAGGGCAAGGGAGGCAUCAGCUGGCCGAUCCAAGAGGAGACAUCGGACCCCGUGGCAAAGUUCUUCCAGCCCGGCUCGAAACUCUCCUGGCACUACAACUGGAACAAGAACUGGGACGUGCUUCUACCGCACACGACGCCGGGGCUGUCCAUCGACGCCGACUUUGUGCCCAUGAUCUUUGCACCGGCAUACCUCGACAACGAGUUCAAGCUGCAGGACGGGUGGUCGCUGCUGCUGGGGUACAACGAGCCUGACCACAUCGACCCCGAGGUCGCAGUCCCCACUACACCGGCGAACGCAGCCCGCGCGUGGGUCGAGCUCGCCAAGCUGCGGACCGAUGGCAAGAAGCUCGUCUCGCCGGCUGUAGCGGGCAACAUUGACUGGCUCAAGGAGUGGUUCAGCCUCAUUCCAGAGGACACGCGCCCCGACUACCUCGCGGUGCACGUUUACACGACGACGUUUGACGACUUCCGGCGCCAGGUCGAGAAUUACCACGAUACCUUCAACCUGCCCAUCAUCGUGACCGAGUUUGCCAUGACGAGCUUUGACCCAAACGUGCCGCCGCCUCAGAGCAUGCAGCAGGUGCACGACUUUAUGGGUCAGACGACGGCGUGGCUCGACGAGACGGAGUGGAUCGAACGUUUUGCGUGGUUUGGCGCUGUGCGCAACGCGUACAACCUGCACGGGGUGCACGAGUUCAAUCGGCUCAUGGACGCGGACGGCGAUCUGACAGCACUCGGGCAUCAGUACGUCCACGGCGGGCAUGGUUGAGGUGGAGAUAGAUGUACGACGCGUGCACUGGACCAGUCAGUACAACAUCGGUCGGUACAUGAGAUUCGAAACACACGUACACUGCACAAUAGC